AUGCAAAGCGACGACGUGAUUUGGUCUGUAAUCAACCACCAGUUCUGCUCUUACAAAGUAAAAACAACCACACAGAACUUUUGUCGCAAUGAAUACAAUGUUACUGGUCUCUGCAAUCGCCAGUCAUGCCCUCUGGCUAACUCUAGGUACGCCACCGUACGAGAGAAAGAAGGGGUUCUAUAUCUCUACAUGAAAACUAUCGAGCGCGCUCACUCGCCCGCGCACAUGUGGGAGCGUGUUAAACUAUCAAACAGCUACGCCAAAGCUCUGGAACAAAUAGACGCGGAACUAAUACAUUGGCCAAACUUCACGAUCCACAAGUGCAAGCAGAGGGUCACCAAAAUUACUCAAUACCUUAUUAAAAUGCGACGCAUGAAACUGCGAGAGCAACCAAAACUCAUCGGAAUCAAGAAAAAACUUGACCGUCGCGAAGCCACACGCGAGCGCAAAGCGCUUUCCGCUGCACACCUCGAACGCUCCAUCGAAAAGGAGCUCAUCGAACGUCUGAAAUCGAAAGCUUACGGCGACGCGCCUCUGAAUGUAAACGAAAAUGUCUGGCAAGCUAUUCUUGACCGCGAACGUAACGGCGGCGAAACAGAGCUCAAUGCGGCUGAAGAACUUGAGAUGGAGGACGAUGAGACAGACGAAGAAGACCUAGAGGACGAGAUGGAGGAUGAAUGGGGCGAUAGAGAAUUUGUGAGCGAUAUCAGUGGGGAUGAAGAUGACGAAGAUGAGCUGAGCGACUUGGAGGGCAUCGUUGAUGGCGAGGACUCCGAAGAGAACAGUGACAGCGAUGCGGAAGAAAGUGACGAGGAGGACGAAGAACCCAAACCAAAAUCUGCUCUCGGAAAGCGCAAAGCGACGGCCAAGCCACAGCCAAAAAAACGACCAGAGAAGAAACCAAAGAAAGGUCCAAGAGUGGAAGUGGAGUACGAACAAGAGACGGAAAGCGUGCCCCUUACAAAAUCUGCUUUGGCAAAUUGGUAG